AUGGCUUUGCUGGGGCUGCUCGUCCUGCUGGCCCUGGCCGGGCCCCUGGGGGCCACCUGGGACACCUGCAGAGGCACCUGUGGGCUCUGGCCCAUGGUUUUGAACGAGACCUCAGCGAUUCCUGAGUAUGGAUCCUCGCAUUCUGCCAAGAGCUCAACCCUCGAUGUCAACCCGGGGGCCUGGCCCGGCAUCGCCAGCAUCCAGGUCACCUGGGACAACGGCACGUGGCACAUGUGCUCGGGGGCACUCAUCAGCCACCGCUGGGUCCUCACGGCCGCCAGCUGCUUCAUCGGGGCCGGGGAUGUCCUCAAGUGGAAGGUGGUGAUCGGUGCCACGGAUCUGGCCCAGCCGGGCGCCGAGGCCGAGGUGUUCCAGAUCAAGCAGGUCCUGAAGCACCAGUACUACGACGAGCCCACGGCCAGGAACAACAUCGCGCUGCUGGAGCUGGACCAGCCCGUGGAGUGCAGCGACUACAUCCAGCUGGGCUGCGUGCCCGACAGCUCCCUGGCAGUGCCCAAGCUGAAAACCUGCUACAUCGCGGGCUGGAGAGCCACCCCGGACAGCGCCCCCAGCCCACGCCUGGUGCUGCAGGAGGCCAAGGUGCGGCUCAUCGACGUCCAGCUGUGCAACAGCAGCCGCUGGUACGGGGGGGCCGUGCACCCCCAGGACCUGUGCGCGGGGUACCCGCGGGGCGGCAUCGACACCUGCCAGGGGGACAUCGGGGGUCCCCUGGUCUGCAAGGACAACGUUAAGGAGAACUUCUGGCUGGUGGGACUGGCCAGCUGGGGCAAGGGCUGUACCAGGGCCAAGAGGCCCGGCAUCUUCACCUCCACCCAGCACUUCCACUCCUGGAUCAGUGCCCACGCCGGCCCCAGCCCCACAGGGCCGGGGCUGGUGGGACUGGCCAGCUGGGGCAAGGGCUGUACCAGGGCCAAGAGGCCCGGCAUCUUCACCUCCACCCAGCACUUCCACUCCUGGAUCAGUGCCCACGCCGGCCCCAGCCCCACAGGGCCGGCACCAGCUCCAAAGGCCACCCUGAACUCGCCGGAGCCACCAAUACUGCAGCCACCAGAGCCACAGCCACCAAAACCACAGCCACCAAAACUGCAGCCACCAGAACCGCAGCCACCAAAACCACAGCCACCAAAACUGCAGCCACCAAAACUGCAGCCACCAGAACCGGAGCCAGAACCGGAGCCAGAGCCGGAGCCAGAACCAGUCAUGGACAUUUCCUUCCCAAAACACACCCUGACACGAUUCCUCAGGAAGCUGCAGGAGGUGCUGGAGCUCCUGAAGGACAGGACAGGGUGA